CAACACCACGUUUGCCCAGUUAGAAAUACGUGACGCUAAUGGCUCUACAGUGAAGAAGAUAACUCUAGACAACUCAAACAAUGAACCAACCCCAACGCUGAAACUAAUCACCACCGACGGUUCGAAGGAGAUCCGACAAACGGUCAAACCGCACGAAAUAAGGCAUCUGUUUGUUCCCAAAGGAUAUCAAGAAAACAGAAACAGAGCCGGUUUUAUGAACAAUCGAAGAAAAGAUUUACUUAAUAAUACCAAAACUACGCCAGUAUCUGAAUCAGUCACCGAAAAUGGAGUAGUUUAUGUACCACCGGAGAAACUAGAAGGACUUGACAAAGAAGUUGAGUUAGACCCUGAAGAAGAAUUUCAAGUAGAUGAAUCUAAUCACGGACUAUAUUUACUCAAUUAUUCAGAUACUGAAAAUGUUACUCAAAACAUAAAUCUCAACAAAACAACAAGUAGUAAUGAAGUGAGUGACAAUAUAACCAAUAUAGUAACCACAACACCAAUCAGCAGCCAACUAAAAGAAGUAACAACAGAAAUUCAAAACGUCAGCACGGAAGAAAAACCAGAAACUAAUACAAUAGCAAAUAGCACCGACGCGAAAAAUACAAAACUUAUAAAAGUUGAAAAUGAAAAAGAUAAAGAAAAUCAUACUUUGUUUAUGUCUGAUGAGAUUUAUAACCAUUUUCGGCCUCUUGAAUCUGAACUGCCUGCUGAAGACAUGGCGCCAUUCAUUUUCUUUGGGCAAAAACUUGGUGGACAAAUAAUUAAUGACAAUUUAACAAAUUCACCAUCUCUAUCAGCAUCAACAAAGUCAGUGAAUUUUAUAUUAGCUCCUACAGAAAAAAGAAAGUUCAACUCAAGGUACUCAGCUACAGAGAAAUAUAGGAAUACCAGCGCGGACGAAGAAGAAAUAAAUGAAGAUAUGGAUGUCUCUGUAGUAAAAAAUAUCAUAGAGAAAAACAAAAUUAGAAACACAGUCAAAGGUCCAGCACCAGCUAGACAUGUAGGCUUGGUAAAUGCUUAUAAAAAAUAUUCAAGCACUACUCAAGCAACGACGAAGGCUCAAAAUAUAGCGCAACUAAAUGUUACUGAUCCUAUAAUACAAAAUGUCACACCAAGUACCUUAGAUAAAACAAAAGAUAGUAAUCGUACUAAUAGCACAACUUUAGCUAAAGAUGUAGUUAAUAAAACAAAUGUUACCCAAUUAUCAAAGGAUAUUAGUUUAAGUAACAAAACAACUACACCUGCUCCCAGAAAUUUUACUAGAAAUUACUACAAUAUAAGAAGGCGACCAGCUAGAGUGACGGCUUCAUCAAGCACAGAAAAUCCAUUUGUAGCCGUGAACACUACUACUGAAAAAGCAUCAACAUCUGUCUACACUGCAGUUGUGACAUCAGUAUCGAUCACGUCAUCUAUGAAAGGAAAAAAUCUGACGGAUUCAUUAAAUAAAGAUGACAACAGCACGGUUGCCGAAAGUAUUGAAACAAAAACGAACGUAACAACGCCUAAAGCUAUUGUAUUAAAUGAUACUGAUACAACCACCCAAUCGAUUGCCACACAAUCGCCUUCAACUACUACUACGACAGCUCCAACGACAACUACAGCUCGACCGCAAAGGCACAGAAUCAGAAUACGAACCACGACAACCGAAAGUUCUAUCAAUGCAAGUCCUAGUCCGAAUCCGGUGACUUAUAAACCACCAGAUUUGCCUCAAGCAAGCGAACUAUCGACUAGGAAUACUGAAUUGAAAAGAGAACCAACUAAACUGCCAGAGCGGUUAGCUAAUUUAUAUCGACAAAACGCUUACGAUAACUCGACUGGUACAGCGAUAAGACCUAAGAAUAUUCUACGAAGACGACGACCUACGACUACGACUAGCACCUCUACGACCACAUCGACCACGCCUAUACCAAUUUUGAGUUCAAGUGAUACAACACCUUUACUUUCCUUACCACCUUCCACUUCCCCCAUUCCACCAAGCACAAUCCAAACUCAAGUUACAGAAACAAUUGAAACUACAUUCAAACCUUUUAUUGUCACUUCCCGAACAUCAUCUGAAUCUAAAUCCAAACCAGUCCUUAUUCCUAAAGACUUCACUACUUCUAACGAAUCAACACCAACUGUAAAUACAACUAAAGAUGAUGUUGAUGAAGAUCCAAUUACGCAGAACGAGGAAGUGGUGAUAGAAGCCGAGAAGACGUACACGGCUUCUUAUGUGUUAGCUGGACUGGGUUUCCUUCCAGUGGCGGCUAUAAUUAUAUUUGUGUUAAGAAAUGUAUUGAAUAAGAAGACCAAAGAACUAGACACGGAGUACGAAGGGUACUUCGACGACGGAGACAUCAAGAAGGAGUCGCAGAUCACUCCGGUGGCGCGGCCGCCGCUGCCGACGCCGACCAUGCCUGACCAAAAGUGGGAGUUCCCUCGAAAUAAGUUGAGGUUACAAACAUUGCUGGGUCAAGGUAACUUCGGGCAGGUGUGGAAAGCCGAAGCCGACGACCUGAGCGGGCACGACGGGCUGACGCGGCUGGUGGCCGUGAAGAGCAUCAAGGAGACCGCCUCGCAGAAGGAGAAGCAGGAGCUGCUGCACGAAAUCUACAUCAUGCAGAAGAUCGGCACGCAUCCGAACGUCGUCACGCUGCUGGCAUGCUGCACUGAACAAGAACCCUACCUCCUAAUAAUGGAGUACGUGAUGUGCGGCAAGCUGCUGACGUAUCUGCGCGAGCGCCGAUCGCGGCCAGAUCGCUUCAGCGGCAGCGGCGCGCUUACGUCGCGGGACCUCACAGUCUUCGCGUAUUGUGUGGCGAGGGGCAUGGACUACAUCGCUUCUAAGGGGAUCGUCCACCGCGACUUAGCAGCGCGCAACGUAUUGGUCGACCACAACAAGCUGUGCAAGAUCGCCGACUUCGGCAUGUCUCGGUGCGCCGGCGCCGCCGCGCGCGCCGCUCGCUCCGCGCUGCCUGUCAGGUGGAUGGCGCCUGAAGCGUUACUGUAUAACGUGUACAGCCAUCAUACUGAUGUGUGGGCCUUCGGGAUUCUUCUGUGGGAGAUAGUUACGCUAGGGUCAACGCCCUACGCUGCCAUGUCUGGCCGCGAGGUGCUAGCAGCAGUAACAGAGGGCUACCGUCUAGAGCGGCCUCCUCAUUGCAAGCCACAGUUAUACCGCGCCAUGCAUUCUUGCUGGCACGCCGACCCGUCCCAGCGACCCACCUUCGCUGCCCUCAAGGCACAGUUAGCAGAACUGCUGGAUAAUGAACCCUCUGAAGGAAAUUACGUGGACCUGGACUCGUUCUACCAGGAGUCGUCGGUGUAUAGCGACCCGUCGGCUAUCAUCAAUGAUGAUGAGGGACUGUCGGCGGAGUAUGAUAGGGAGAGAAGGGUGUUUAGAGAAUUGACCAAAGGCCCAGCCAAGUUCGAGAACCGAGCGUUCAACUUCCGGGACGAGGAGCUCCGCAACAAAUUCGGCAUCGGGACACCGAGGAUGGGCGGCUUCGGCAUUCGGGACGUCCCGUUCAACGACCGAAACUUCUCCGACGGAGAAUUCAACGAACGCACUUUCCCCGAAAAUUUCAGUGACCCUAACUUCACAGAGAGAAAAGAUGGGAAACUUUCCACCUCCAGUUUUCACAGAGAAAGGGAACGAGAAAACCCUUUAGUCAGUAGGAACAGUUUCAAUGGCUUCCCGCGAAUUGGGACGAGGGACAGCCAUUUCCAAAUGACUCCUGACGGUAGAAAUAAGAGAGUGUCAGAAUUUGAGUGCGACAUUUAGUAUGGUUGCUUUAAUUGCGGUAUUUAAAAGUUCGCCUGAUGUGGUUUUUGAAAGAGUGACUACCAGCUGUACGUUUGCAGUUGGUGUGUUAGCUAAGAAAACCAGUUUGUUCAGAGAUUUUAUUGUUGAAUGCCAUGCGUUUAUUGGGAUAAAAUUCUUUGAUUUGAUGUUGAUUGGCGAACGAUUGGUUGUGCUCUGUGACAAGUUUGGGUGUAGCCAUAUGACGCGUUGUGUUUCGGUGUGCCUAAGUUCAGCUGAGAAAAGACCAGCGAUUUAGAGAACUGGGGAAUUAACUUUAGUUAAAGGAAGAAAAAGCGCUUACUAUGGGCCUCAUAAGAAGGCUCAAGGUCACCCAAAGGGCGAUGGAGCGGGCUAUGCUCGGAGUUUCCCUGCGUGAUCGAAUCAGA